AUAGAAACCAUGAAUCACCUCAAAAUUUGACGAAUUCAAAGCUUGAUCGAGGAAGAAGGACCGCCGCUGCAAGUCCCCUGGCUCGGCUUGCGCGCGACGAUGGAGGAAGAAUUGGAAGACGUCGGUUGGGAUCGCUGGAGUCGACGGCGAGACACGGCGGCGCUGUUGCUCUGAUCGGCGGCGACGAGCGAACGGGUGGACGUCUUGCUUCUCUCCUUCGGCGACUGGGACGGACGAACGAGAAAAAGGAGACGGAUGGCUCCCGGAUGACUAACUCACUGAUAAGGGGCCUUUGGUUCAUGCCAACAUAAUGGUUUGCUCAAAGCCAACUCAAUCAAUAACCUGUUUAAAGCAACCAACGCGACUAGAAACUUCCUUCACCCCGCUUCUCGCUAGAGUUCCCCCCUCCACCCCACCCCCUCCCCCACCCGCUUCUCGAACUCUCCAUUUUCGCCAUCCGCCGCCUUGCUCCCAUCGUUCCCUCGCCGCCGGACGCUUCUCUUCGUUGCUGCUGCUGACCUUCGAUCUAUUUUCUUCCGAAGUUGACGCCUGUAUGGAAAGAACGGUACAGCUAGCGGGCCAUAGGAUAUAAAUUGCGGAUUCGAAGCUAGGGCACCUAGGAACUAUUCAAUCUUUGCUGGAUGGACGGAGCAGCCGAGCCACCGACUCAAGGGAAUGGCUAAAAGAGUUGAGGGCGGCAUUGAUGAAGUAUAACUCUGCUCCCUACUUAUUUCAAGAAGAAAACUUCAAUCGUGGGAGAGAGAGAAUGCCUCCUGGACUUGGACUUGGACCUAUUGCCGAAAUGUUUGGAAAUUUAUGCCGCACGUAUAAAGAAAAAAUGGAGGAGGAGAACUCCUUGUUCAAAAUGAAGCUACACAUAGAUCCCUCAGAUGGUGUGGAACUAUACAGUUAUGAAGAAUUGAAUGCCAUGACCAAUAAUUUUAAUAAAGCAAAUGAGAUUCAGGAGACUCUAUUUGGGAAACUGUAUCGAGGUUUAGUUAAUGGGAAGACAGAAGUGUUGAUCAAAACGUGGGAGUUUAUUCUACCGCCCCAGAGGGUCUUCAAUGACCAUCCGACUAGAUUCAUUAAUGAGAUUGAGAUGUUGACGGGUGGAGAUCAGCAUUCAACAUUGAUGAAACUAAAGGGGUUCUGUUUUCAGACAGUGCUUGCAGUGGUCUAUGAUGAGAAACCAACUAAGUUUUUGUCAGGGGAUGAUUUGUCUGUUGAAAACUUUGGAUUGGAUAAGAGACUAUAUGUCGCAACUCAAUUUGCGAAAUUAGUUGUUUGGAUGCACGAAAGACAUAUUUCAUGUGGCUUUAUACGUCUUGAUAAGGUGAUGUUUGAUGAGGACUUCAACAUCAAGGUGUUCGAUUUUGGUUUCAUCGCUCAUUUUAGCGAGGCAGACAACAAAUAUGCGAUAGUUGAUGUAGCUCUCUCUAUAGAUGCUUAUGAAGUUUAUGACGGUAUACGCACAAAAAAGGCUGAUGUGUAUGUAUUUGGCGUGUUGCUUGCUGAUGUGUUCACAAUUAAUGCGCAAGGUAACAUUGGUUCUCGAUUCGUAUGGUUGGUUGGUACAGUUCAAGGUGGUGAUAAGAAGGUUGUGGAUAAAGCACUGGUGCAAGUUGGUCAUGAGGAUCUUGCAAAUAGCCUGAACAGUUUAAUUGUGGCAUGCAUGAAAGUGAAGCCAAACGAGCGCCCAAAUAUGAAGGGUGUUUUAGCUUGCUUGUUAGGUUUGCUCAAGCAGAGAAAGAGAGGCCUCAAUACAAUGGGCGCACAGGGACUUCAAAUUCUUCUUAGAGAUGAGUAAUGUUCUACGACGAUUAUUCAUCCACAUUGUGCAUGGAAUAGUUUGUGAUGGAGUACCAUCCUCAAGACCCCAUUUGCUUUGAAUUUAUCGGACUGGAAUUGCUUCAAGUUUGACCCGUCAACACUAAAACUAAAGAUAGACUUGGAGAUACCUAUCUCAUUCACUCUCGAGGAUCUCUUCUUCCAUUGAUAAUCCUUUUCGAGCUGUGACAGAUCAAACAGAUCCAUCGAAUACCAGUGCGGGUGACCAAAUUGAAAGGUGCAGACUGAUUGGACUGUUGUGUGUAAUAACCAACAACUCAAUGUAUGGCAACAAGAAAAGUCCAUUUUUGUGUAAACUUCGUGACCAGUGUGCCAAAUACCAUAUAGGUUGUGAAGUAACAUUAUGGUAGACAAGUUAUAGAUAAACCACAGAUCCAUAAGAGAAACUCAAGGUUUAUAUGUACAGGCCACAAUGCAUGACAAAACCCAUUGUUUUUCAUGCUUGUGCAAACACUUCUUGAGUUUGCACAAGCAGAGAAAGAGAGGCCUCAAUACAAUGGGCGCACAGGGACUUCAAAUUCUUCUUAGAGAUGAGUAAUGUUCUACGACGAUUAUUGUUCAUCCACAUUGUGCAUGGAAUAGUUUGUGAUGGAGUACCAUCCUCAAGACCCCAAUUGCUCGAAUUUAUCGGGUAAGUUGCACUGUUAUAUCGAUUUUAUAUUACUCCGUAUGUGUUUUUAUUGGGUAGCUAGAUGUUGUAUACUAUGGAAUACUCUUUGUGUCCUUUCGUUGCCCGUUGAGGAACUAGUUGGUUAAUGUCUAAGCCAGUGUGGCGUAGCAUUUGUGAAGCUUGCAGUAAUUCUAAUGUUGGGUUUCUUAUGUUUUCCAACAAUGAAGGCAACCACAUUCG